AUGUUCGCGCGGGAAGAGACGCGCAUGACGGAGGGGGCGAGCCAGGCUGCGGCGCGGUACAUUGAUGUCUUUGUGCGGGAGGCUAUUGCGCGGUGCGUGCAUGAGCGCGAGGGGGGGUUCCUCGAGGUUGAUGAUCUGGAGAAGAUCUCGGCACAGCUGCUCAUGGAUUUCUGA